CUGCAAUAGGAAAUAUGAUGAACAAUGAAACUGAGAUGAAAUCAAUGGAUGCUAAUCGAUAUGCAACGAAGAAAACGAUUGCUCAGGGUAUGCUGGAUAUUGCGCUGCUCACAGCAAACGCAUCACAGCUUAAAUACAUUCUCCAAGUAGGAGAGCAACAUCAAUUUUAUAAAUUAAUGUUGAUUUUGAUAAGCUUAUCAAUAUUUUUGCAGGUGACAGUUGGGUUACUUCUAUUGAUUCAAUCAUUGGUGUCUAUUCAUAAAACACCAUUUCAGAGAAAGGCAGCAGAUAUUUUGAAUCAUUUAAUUAUUGCAGUUGUAUUUUUAACGGUAUUCUGUGAUGUUCUAAAAAUGAACUUUGGACUUGAUCCUGCAGUUGCGUUUGUAAAGGAUUCGAAGCCGUGAGAUAAUGUUAUGCAUCAUAUAGAUCAUACAUUUAUAAAAAUAAAAAUUAUGUUCAUAUC